UCCCGCUGCCGAGCCCGGGCCGCCCAGGCGAGGAGCGGACAGACAGGCGGACGGACGCGCGGACAAGGGGACCCACGGGCGGCGCAGGCACGGGGCCGCGAGGAGCAGGUGUGGGCCGGGCACUAGGCCCUGGACUCAGGCCACAAGGUUGCCCUUCCAUCACCAGCCACCACCAAGGACGCCAUGAGCCAGUUGGGGUCUGUGAGCUGCUGCCCAGGUGCUGCCAAUGGCAGCCUGGGCCGGUCUGACAGUGUGGCCAAGAUGAGUGCCAAGGACCUGUUUGAACAGAGGAAGAAGUACUCCAACUCCAACAUCAUCAUGCAUGAGACCUCCCAGUACCACGUCCAGCACCUGGCCACGUUCAUCAUGGACAAGAGUGAGGCCAUUGUGUCCGUGGAUGACGCCAUCCGGAAACUGGUGCAGCUGAGCUCCAAGGAGAAGGUGUGGACGCAGGAGAUGCUGCUGCAAGUCAAUGACCAGUCUCUGCGGCUGCUGGAUGUGGAGUCCCAGGAGGAACUGGAGAACUUCCCGCUGCCCACCGUGCGGCACAGCCAGACCGUGCUGAACCAGCUGCGGUACCCCUCCGUACUGCUGCUCGUGUGCCAGGACUCGGAGCAGAGCAAACCCGACAUCCACUUCUUCCACUGCGACGAGGUGGAGGUGAGAGGGGCGGCGGCUGGGAGGGCCCCGGUGUGCCUGCGCCUGCCUGAUACCCGGUGCCCCCAGGCGGAGCUGGUGCACGAGGACGUCGAGAGCGCGCUGGCCGACUGCCGUCUAGGGAAGAAGCUGAGGCCACAGACCCUGAAGGGCCACCAGGAGAAGAUCCGGCAGCGGCAGUCCGUCCUGCCCGCUCCCAAGGGCCCAGCCCCCAUCCCCUUCCAGCACUACGGCAGUGACUCCCCGUCCGCCAAGAAUCGAGUGGGCCCGCCGAUGCCACUCACGGAGCCAAGCUUCCGCCGUCGGGAGUCGCAGGAUGAGGAGCCACGCGCUGUGCUGGCUCAGAAGAUAGAAAAGGAAACGCAAAUCCUCAACUGUGCCCUGGACGACAUUGAGUGGUUCGUGGCUCGGCUGCAGAAGGCGGCAGAAGCUUUCAAACAGCUGAACCAGCGCAAGAAGGGGAAGAAGAAAGGGAAGAAGGGGCCAGCAGAGGGUGUCCUUACACUGCGUGCACGGCCCCCCUCUGAGGCCCAGUUCAUCGACUGUUUUCAGAAAAUCAAGCUGGCUAUCAACCUGCUGGCCAAGCUGCAGAAGCACAUUCAGAACCCCAGCGCUGCAGAACUCGUGCACUUCCUCUUUGGACCUCUAGACCUGAUCGUCAGCACCUGUGGGGGCCCAGACAUCGCACGCUCCGUGUCCAGCCCCCUGCUUUCCCGCGAGGCCGUGGGCUUCCUGCGAGGCCACCUAGUCCCCAAGGAGAUGACGCUGUGGGAUUCGCUGGGGGAGACAUGGACACGCCCCCGUUCUGAGUGGCCCCGGGAGCCGCAGGUGCCCCUCUACGUGCCCAAGUUCCACAGUGGCUGGGAGCCACCCCUGGACGUGCUGCAGGAGGCUCCCUGGGAAGUGGAGGGGCUGGUGUCUGCCCCCGACGAUGAGCCGACUCCAGCGAACCGACCAUCCUUUCGAAACUCCCCCAAACACAGCCUUGUAUCUGAGCCCACAGCUCCACCUCCAGGAGACCCUCUCCCCCAAGUCAGCUCCCCGCAUGCUCACAGGGGCUACGAACCUGGGCCAGCCAUGGCCAAGUACGUCAGGAUCCUCUAUGACUUCACAGCCCGCAACGCCAACGAGCUGUCGGUGCUCAAGGAUGAGGUCCUGGAGGUGCUCGAAGAUGGCCACCAGUGGUGGAAGCUUCGCAAUCGCAGUGGCCAGGCAGGCUACGUGCCCUGCAACAUCCUGGAUGAGACUCGGCUGGAGGACGCACCCCAGGAGCGGGCCAGUCUGAAAUAUUGGGGUCCUGCCAGCCCCACCCACAAGCUGCCCCCAAGCUUCGCAGGGAACAAAGACGAGCUCAUCCACCACAUGGAUGAGGUCAACGACGAGCUCAUCAGGAAGAUCAGCCACAUCAAGGCGCAGCCGCAGCGGCACUUCCGCGUGGAGCGCAGCCAGCCGGUGGGCCUGCCGCUCACCUAAAAAACGGGCCCCGAGGAGGUCCGCGCGUGGCUGGAAGCCAAGGCCUUCAGCGCCCGGAUCGUGGAGAACCUGGGCAUUCUGACCGGGCCCCAGCUCUUCUCGCUCAACAAGGACGAGCUGAAGAAAGUCUGCGGGGAGGAAGGUAUCCGCGUGUACAGCCAGCUCACCGUGCAGAAGGCGAUCCUGGAGAAGCAGCAAGGUGGGUCGGAGCUGGAGGAGCUCAUAAGCAAGUUUCAUUCCAAGACCCAGAGGAAGGUGGAGGACGACAGCUAGACCUGGCCAGCUGGGCCCAGCACACCUGCGGCUGGGGGACACGGAGAUGCACCUGCGGAGAGGCCCACCCCCAGUGCAUGGAGUAUUAUUUUUGUAUGUGUGUAUAUUCUGGACCAUGGACACGGGUGGUGGGUGGUGCUGGCUGGGAGCAGCUCACCUGCCUCAUGGCACGUGGCCUGUCCUCAGGCUCAGCGAUGCCUCAGCCCACACCCAUCUGCCUGUCCCAAGGCCCACCUCCCCAAAACUAGCCACCUGGAGAUGCCAGCCCCUCAUGCACCUGCCCCUGAAGCCAGGGCUGCAGCUUUUCCAGCCCCGCCCAGCCCCCUUCCUGGCUUUCAUGACACCUCUCCCUGAGGCCACAGAACCCCCAGGAGGUAGGCAGGGACUUAUCCUUUGGCCUCCUAUCCACAUGGGGGUUCCUCCUGGCACUUGUAACCCUGGCCCCAAACCUCACCCCUGUGGCUGCUACUUCUUCACGCACCUGCACCUGCACACCUCUGGAUGGGCUGUGGGCCAGAAGGGCACUGACCUCAGCACCCUGGGCUCUGAGGUAGGCCUGGCCCCCAGAUAUCGCCCACAGCGCCCACCCAGCACACUGCUCCUCAAGGGUGGCCUGGGGGGCUCCAGGCUCCCCUGGGGUGGGGUGCAUGCUGUUCUCCCUCCACCCAUUCAAGGAGCAUAGAUGGACUGGACAUGUACUCAUUCAAGUAUGGCCUUAGACACCCCACACACACCCAAGGCAGAGCUCAAGAUAGGAACUUUCUCCAACCAAGUCUAAGGCCAGGCUUGCCCUGUGUGCCGUGUGGGUGGUGGGUGAGUCUUGGAGCACUGAACUCUGCAGGUUACACCCAGAGAUGAGAGGUGGCCAAGGUUCAAAAGCCAUGUCAUUAAACCAAUUAAGUAUCCUA